GUACGAAUUUACAAGACUUAUUUUGUUUUUUUAUACAGUUGUAAAUAUCUUAUAAAUAAUAAUUUUAAAAAAGUUUACGUAAUUCCCUAAAAAAUAAAAAAGAGUCGUUGAAGUCUGACGAUUUGGUGCAAAGAUAUGAUGUUGUAAAUAUUUUCCAUGUGUUAUAUUGCAAAGCUGAAAGUUUGUAGGUAAUUACUGAAGCAGUUUUUUUUUUUUUUUUUUUUUUCUGUAAAGACUGGCGGACAAAAGGAUGAAAACAUAAUUCGUCGGAACCUCAUACGGUAAUUUUAAAUAGAACCAUUGAACCUAUCUUCGAUUUGCUUACCUCGCCCAUAAUAUGCAAUAGAGUACUUAAACAGUGCCGAUGGUUCGAAGCCGAAGUACAGUAGAGGCCUUGACCUUCGGCAAGCCGCUUGAAGUCACUAUGGCUUUGUGCCCAACUGGUUUCAUCACCUGUCGCGCUUCCCAUCUGCGGCACCGCCCUCCGACUCCUUCGAAUGAGUACGCUGAGCUUCUUUCUUCUUAAGUAAUUUUCCUCAGAGGUACGUUCCCUAUGUAUCAGAGCAUACUAAAUAAUAAAUAC